CUUAUGUGACAAAUGGGGGGGAAUCUGAGAAUGGGGAAGUGUUUGGACUGAUGGUAACUGCACAAUAGUGAAACAGGUUGUGAAUCACGUACAGAUGCACUAAUGACUGAGGGUGCCUGAGGUUCAUUAAGCCAGAUUAAAUAAAAAAUGCCAUCUGUCUCACUGCUGGUUCUGCUGUCACGUGCAGUGGGUUUACAUGAGUCACAGACCUGGGAGUGAUCCACAUGUGUAAUUUGUCUUCUCAUGGGAUGGGCUGUCUGCUGUGAUACUUAUGACCCUCAUUGAUUCAGACCUAUUUGGUUCUACCCACUCACAAGCAUCCAUCUCAGCUCUCUUUCUGCACCAUCCACUCCUCAGCCCAUCCACCUCUCGAGUGCGGAUUGCUUGAGCCUCUGUCGCCCCAUGGAGAUAGCUGUAGAUGGCUGAGCAGCUCGUCACAGGCUGGUUUCGGAUUGUUGCCGGCUCCUUGGAGAUAGAGGAAUGCAAAUCUGCAAUCAUGAUGGAAGGAUUGAAAAAGCGUACCAGGAAGGCCUUCGGGAUACGGAAGAAAGAGAAAGACAAUGACUCCACGGGGUCACCAGACAGAGAUGAACCCCAAGAGAUUGAAUCGCCACAGAAAAAGACCAAUGGGGCGCCUAACGGCUUCUGUGGGGAAAUCGACUGGGAGCGAUAUAACUCCCCUGAGGUGGACGAUGAAGGUUACAGCCUCAGGCCCGAAGACGAAGCUGCACCAUCCCCGAAACCCAAGACAACACAUUUCUUCUCCUCGAGCGAGUCAGAGGGAGAGGAAGAUCAUCGACCAAAGUUCAAGAUCAAGAUCAAGCCGCUGGCGGCAGACAAAGCCGAAUAUGCGGCCCCCUCGGUAGAUGAACUAAAAGCCUCCAUAGGCAACAUAGCUCUGUCUCCCUCUCCUAUGCGGAGCAGUCCGAGACGUAGUCCGGGUCUAUUGAAAAGAAAUACAUCUAGUGAGGAAAUUGCCAGACCAAGACGUGCUGUUCCCACGGUGACGCCUGCCCCAGCUGCUGCCCCAGAGGGGACCCCCUCCUCAUCUCCUGCCCCUAUCCCUCCCCCAGAGCCACCCAGCAGCAAGAGACCCUCAGUACCAGAGGAUGCUACAGCCUUAUUUGGGCCUCCACUGGACACAGCCUUUGAUGAAAUCAAAAGUGAAGCGGUGAUAGAUGAGUCUGAGGUGUGGGGUGCACCCGUAUCCAACUCAAAUGCGGACUCCUCUCUGCCCAGACCCUUUCCCACAGGAACACCACCUCCACUCCCUCCCAAGAAUGUGCCGACCUCCCCCCCUCCGUGUGGCUCUCCCCCAGCUGACGCUACCGAUGUGUCGAGAGAGGAGGACGAGGGGUCCCGGAAGCCGUCCAUUGCAGAUCUAGACAACAUCUUCGGCCCAGAAGAUGGCUCUCAGUCUGGGGAAGAGGUCGCAGACAAGUGGGUCUGUUUCAGCGACGAGGCGUCCAACAUGCCUCCUCCACCUGGGGAACCUGCGCCACCUCUCCCCAAAUCCCCACCUCCUCCUGAUGAGCCGGCCCCGCCCUUACCCACCUCCCCUCCCCCCGCCUCAGAUCCCACUCCUCCACCCUUGCCCAUCUCCCCUCCCCCAGCAGAGGAGCCCUGCCCACAGUCACCUCCACCUGUCCAAUCACCUCCACAGGAGACUGCCCCUCCCCUUCCCGCAGCUCAAACCCCACCCAAAGACACUGCUCCUGCUGCAGUCCCACCUCCACCAGAGGACCCGGCGCCUCCUCCUCCACCACCUGAGGAUAUAGUCCCUCUCUCUUCUCCUUCUCCUCCUCCAUCUGCAGAAUCUCCACCCUUAAAAUCCCCCCCUGGCCUUCCGCCGGACCCUUUUCUAGAGGCGGGGUUGGACUCUGCGACGAGCCCCCCGGACACGGCUGCGCGUACAAUCCCACCGCCCCUCGUCCUGAGCCAGGAGGAGCUCAAGAGUCCGGAGGGGAACCAACAGAAAGACGAGCUGACGGAGACGAGUGCUUCGCCCAAAGAUGCCGGCCAGGCCAGCCGUGCCACCCCUCCCCCGCCCCCACCCCCUACAUACCGGGCAGUGGUGUCGUCCCCCGGGCCCUGCCCUCCAGCUGCAGGCACCGGCAGUGGUUCCUCCUCUCCUGCCCGUCCUGCCACGCCUUCGGGCACCACCAGUAGCCCCACACCGCCCCCUCCCCCUCCACGCCCCCCUUCACGUCCCAAACUGCCCCCAGGGAAACCCAGCGUGGGCGAUGUGAGUCGCCCAUUCAGUCCCCCUAUACACUCCUCCAGCCCCCCACCCAUGGCCCCUCUGGCGCGGGCCGAGAGCACCUCCUCUAUCUCCUCCACCAACUCGCUGAGUGCCGCCACCACCCCUACCGUCGGUAAAGAGCUCUCCGUGUCUGUGUCAGAAGAUGACGCUUAUGUAGACAAACUGCCCAGCUUUGAGAGGCGUGUCGACCUGCCGGCAGAGAAUGACCAGCCCUCCCUCGUAUGGUUUGACAGAGGCAAGUUUUAUUUGACCUUUGAAGGCUGCUCUCGAGGGCCUAGUCCACUUACUAUGGGAGCCCAGGACACACUGCCGGUGGCGGCGGCCUUCACUGAAACGGUCAACGCGUACUUCAAAGGGGCUGACCCCAGCAAGUGUGUGGUGAAGAUCACAGGAGAGAUGGUGCUGUCAUUCCCGGCAGGGAUCACCCGGCACUUUGCCAAUAACCCCUCACCUGCCGUGCUCACCUUCAGCAUCAGCAACUACAGCCGGCUGGAGCACGUCCUGCCCAACCCCCAGCUUCUGUGCUGUGACACCACGCAGUCCAAUCCCAACUCAAAGGAGUUCUGGGUGAACAUGCCAAACCUGAUGACUCACCUGAAGAAGGUGGCCGAGCAAAAGCCACAGGCCACCUACUACAACGUGGACAUGCUGAAGUAUCAGGUGUCGGCACAAGGCCUCCAGUCCACUCCUUUGAGCUUGGCCUCUAACUGGCGCUGUGAGCCCACCAGCACAGACCUCAGAAUAGACUACAAAUACAACGGAGACGCCAUGACCACGGCCGUCGCCCUUAACAACGUCCAGUUCCUCAUCCCAGUGGACGGAGGCGUCAGCAAGCUGCAAGCAGUGCUUCCACCUGCUGCCUGGAAUGCCGAGCAGCAGAGAAUCCUGUGGAAGAUUCCAGAUAUUUCUCUCAAGUCUGAGAAUGGAGGUGUGGGGUCCCUGUUGGCCAGGUUCCAGUUGACCGAGGGUCCUAGUAAGCCGGCUCCGCUGGCUGUGCAGUUCACUAGUGAGGGCAGCAACCUCUCUGGCUGCGACAUCAAGCUUGUGGGUCCUGGGUACCGCUUCUCCCUCAUCAAGAAGAGGUUUGCUGCAGGAAAAUAUUUGGCCGAGUAAACACUACUGAUCUAGACAAUGGAGAUUCACUUCUCUGGACUGAACAAGUAAAAAAAUGAAAACGGGAAAAGAAAAAUGACAAGAAAAAAACCCACACAAGGACAGACUACCAUAGCAACUCCCUACACUGUAAGAAACUCCCUUUCUAUACAUACAAGAAACUGGACAGUUCUAUUGUGUUGUAUAACUUGCAUAUAGAAUUGUUGGCCGUUUUAGGGUGUACUACUUCUUGUAUUUGUAAACUGUAUUAAUUUCAGAACAUCCAUAUUGCAGCAGUUAGACCCUCUCUGGUUUCCCCUCCUUUGCAGUUAGACUGUGUUCUGUCAGACGUGUAGUGUUUCUCCGACCCUCUUACUGUGGCUGCCUGACAACUCCACAUGAAUCAGCAAGCUGGAUGCCCAGCCAGUGAGUGUUCAUUCAGUUGUAUGACCUGCAGUUUGCAAGACCUUUCAUUUUUGUUCAUCACUGUGACAAUAAUCCAGUAAAAUGUGACGGCAAGGAAUCAUAUUGGUGGUGUCACUAUCCAGCAAAGAAAAGAGUUGUUCUACUAAUAGUUAGCAUCUCAUACAGUCAAUACAGUCUCAAAUGCAAUCAGCAACAGGCUGAAUACAGUCAAUACAGUCUCAAGUGCAGUCAGCAACAGGCUGAAUACAGUCAAUACACUCUCAAAUGCAGUCAGCAACAGGCUGAAUAGCCUUUCUCACAUGUUCUGGACAAUAGUAUAUGACACAUUUUUGUUUAAUUCAUAACUAAUUGAUACAUAUUUAUAUUUAAGGGACAGAUUUUCUGAUUUCAUAGAGUAGAUAACGAUAUGAUCCAGAGAUGUUGGUAUAAUCGUUUGUUUGUGUUACCACAAUGGCAUAGAGAUUUAAUUGAAUCAUUUCUGUUGGUUUGUCUUCAUGGUUAGCUGAACUGAACUGAGUACUCAGGCAGCUACAGUUUUGAACAAAGUCCUGCUUGCAAUAUUUACAAAAGAAAAAACAUUUUCCCAUGAAAACGUUCAAGUGUCAUUUUAAAUUGAUAAUGUAUAUCUUAAAGGCGUUUGGUGUUUUUGUUGUAUUGUUAAAUAGCCUUUCUGUUGUUCUUGAAACAGCAGUGUUAGACUUCAGAGUACAUGACAGCAUUCUAUUUUUAUUUAUUGACGAUUCUAAUUUGUUGUAAAAAAAAUAAAUAUGUGAACUGUAUAUGAAUAGACUUUGAAUGGUAUCAGGAUUUAGGGUCCUUAAAGUUAUAAAUAACUGAUUUUUUUUGUUAUCUGUGUAGUUGGGUAAACUGUGUACAGUGUAAUGCUGAGCUAUAAUUUUUAACUUUAUUUCAGAUAUAAUUUUUUAACUCAAGUGCAACAGAAGAUUUGAGCUAUAUAAAUAUAUAUAAAAAUAUAUAUAUGGGUGGGGGUUAAAAAAAAACAAAAAACACAAGGAAUAAAAAAAAAAACAUGAUCUACCUGAAUGAAUCAUGCUUUUUGAAAGCAGUGUUGCAUCCAGUAGAAGUGCACUGUUAGCAAUGACGAGGAUUGUCUGCUGUUUGACAUGGCGAGCGCUUUGACCAUCCACGCUGACGUGUUUGUCCCCAGCUCCCCCCUCCCUGUGCAUUCUAUCCAUCAGCUGGAGCAUGAGCCCCAUCAAAACCCACCCGUGCUUGAACCCAUGGCUUUACUUUGCAUACAGUAAUGGUCUCUGUGAGAUGACAAGAGUAAGGUUUGGGGGAACGGUUUGGAUGACCAAAUUUCUUUUUUUUUUUGUAUUUAAUGCUAUGUGUGUACUCUGGGAAAGCCUGUGAAAGGAAUUUAAGUUUGAGUAUUUUUAAAAAAUGUUAAAAUGACAAAGAGAAAAGGAAUAUUGUUUUAUGUGCGAACAAAAUAUCCCACUGUGCUACUGUUGGACUUCCCAGUUGCUCUGCUAUUUCAUACUGAGAACAAACAUCAGUGACAUUUACUUUUGGAAGUCUGCUGCAGACGUGACGAAGGUUUAAAAAAGAACAUGGUGCUUCAUAAUGCUACAUAGCAACCUUCAUAGGCUAAAAGUCGAAACAGAGUGUGACAUUGCUACACAUUUACAUAUUCUCUGAUCCUCCUGUGUUGUUUGGUCUCUCCAAAACUAGUGCUAACCAUAUAAUUUAAAGAAGACCUAAUGUGUGGUUUGUACCUAUGAAUGGUGUUAUGCAGUUCUAUGUGGCAGAUGCUGAAGCUAUGUAUGUCUCCACUGUCCAAAGUGAAAUGUUUCCCUGAUGAGCUGAAGAGAAAUAGAGCUUUAUGUUGUGUUACUUGAGUGUGAGAGGAAGUGUGUAUGCGUGUGUCUGAGAGGAAGUGUGUGUGUGUGUGUGUGUGGGUUGUGGCGGGUUCGGGUUUGUGCUGUAACAGAAUGCUGUAGACCUCUUCCCAACAAAAUAUGCUGUGUUUGUAUAAACCAUGUGAACGAUGAACAGAGAUACUAGUUUGCUCUUCCCAAACCAAUAAAAGUUCUGAGGUGGACAUACAUUUGGUGCACUCGUUUUGCUCACACACAUACAUCCUGUCAUUUUGGACAUUCGUUCUGUGUUACUGUCAUGCUUGGAAUGAUUUAAUACCCAUCACUUUUUUGUACAUAAAACAACUAAAUUCACCAUUUUCAAUAACAAUCUCUAGGAUUCCCAUGCGGUUUGGCUGCUCUUACAAAUUAAAAAUGGUUAAAACCAUCAGCCAUUAGCACUUAGAGCAAUUUGAAUAUUCAUAUUUGUGUACAACAGAGACAAAGGGAGCCAUUCAGGUUCUGUAAACAAUUGGAGUACUUUUGAAUACUUAAUUGACAUAGUUUGCUCUGCUUUUAAAAAUCUACAGGUGUUUCUUCAGUCAAUAUGGUUACUGAACAAAUGCUAUAAUCCAUUAAUAUGCCCUGACUUGAUUUAUGGCCAGAAUAGCUGCUACACACAGCAUAGCGUUCUCUCCCCUUCUCCAUGGUAAUCAUCAUAUCCAUAGCAGAGAUACUAAAUAUGCAAACGUUUCAUGCAAUGCAUUUGAAUGUCCCAUAUUCUUUUUUCUUUUGUUUUCUUUUAUAAAAAAGAUGCAAACUGACCCCUACUUGCUGUUCUUGAAGAUGUUAUGUGAAUUUUCUUGGUAAUAAAGUAAGGAAUACAAAAUUAA